AUGUGGUUUUUGGUGCCACGUCGUACCGUGCCGUCAUUACAGAUGGUCAAGGCCGGUCGCUCAACUGCACUUCAACGGACACCACCUGCCAGAUCUCGAAUCUGGUCUGUGGAGAACGCACCAUGCCCACCCAAAGCGCCAAAAGUGUACCGCGAGUGCUCCACUAAUGUCAUCUUGUUCUCGUGGGAGCCCACCAACAACACGGCUUAUUACUUCGCCAUUGCUGUGGACUCGGAUGACCUGGUAAUGGAAUGUGUCACUGUGGAAACCUCCUGUUAUUUCACCGACACCGUCUGUGGUCAAACCUACAGCUUCUACGUCAGCGCCGUCUACUCCGGAGGACUAGACUGCAACAGUGGAAACACAGAGGGUGUGGUGAUCAAAACAGCCCCAUGUUUGCCGCAGAACAUCUACACGAUUGCAAACUGUAAUAGCAUCAGCAGUGCCAUCAUUACUUGGGACGAGGCCGCAGGAGCCGAGGCCUACGUUGUGGAGGCCCGCGGUAAUCGUAAAGAUUUCUACAACUGUACGUCUGCAAACACAAGCUGCACGAUAACAGAUCUGGAUUGCGGAGAGAGCCUGAGCGUGUGGAUUGUUGCCACAAAUGGUGAAUGCACUACUGAUCCUGUGCUGGGAGAUGUAGCAGAGACAGUUCCCUGCAUACCUCAGAAUGUGUCUGCUGUGGAGACCUGUAGUUCAGACUCCGCCUCUCUCACAUGGAACUAUGCCAACGGUGCCAUCUUCUACAUCGGAAUGGCGACUCACGUGAAUGGCACAGUUCACACCUGUGUUGCCAUGGCGGCAGAAUGCACAAUCCCAGACCUGCGAUGCGGCGAGGCGUAUGAUGUGUAUGUCAUGUCAACUAACCUGAAAUGCAACAGUUCUGAGAGUCAACAUGUCACCCUGCAGACAGCUCCCUGUGACCCUCAGAACAUCACAACUGUGCUCCAGUGUGACACCAACACGGCCAACGUGACAUGGGCUGCCAGUGCGGGAGCUAAUGGCCUAUGUUUUCAUAUAACUUCCUCUUCUCUUCUCUUCUCUUCUCUUCUCUUCUCUUCUCUUCUACCCUGCAUUCCCACCAAUGUCGCUGCUGCUCUAAACUGUACAUCCAACAUUGCUUCCAUCACCUGGCACAAUGCCCUUGGUGCCACUUGGUACUUGGUAAAGGCAGAAGGCAACCAAGGGUACAAGACGUCCUGCAACAACACUGUCACACACUGUGAUAUCCCAAACCUGCAGUGCGGCCAGGAAUAUUCCAUCACAGUCAUGGGCAUGAAUGGUGACUGCAUGGGCCCGGCUAGCCAGCCUGUCACUCUCGUCUCAGCACCAUGUCCCAACACUGGCAUUCAAGCCAGUCUGGACUGCAGCACCAACUCAGCACUCAUUUCUUGGACACCAGGCAAUGGUUCGCUAAGUUUCAAUGCAAUACUGCAGUCUUUCCAGGACCCCCAAAAGCACAACUGCUUCACCAACGGCUCCUCCUGCAGCAUCAGUUCACUGCCGUGUGGUCAGCACUAUAACAUCAGUGUUACAGGACACGGCCAGACCUGUUCAACCUCUUCUAAAACCUUGGUCACUCUUGACAUGGCUCCAUGUGUUCCCACUCAAGUCAAUGUGUCAUUAUCCUGUGGGUCGGACACUGCAUCUGUUUCCUGGGCAGCAUCUAGUGGCCUUGUUUCAUACUAUACAGUAACAGCAGUAGAUGAUAAUGGACAUACGCUAACCUGCAACUCCAGCAGCACUUCCUGUGACAUCAGCGGCCUGGCGUGUGGUCAGGCGUACAACGUGUCAGUCACAGCUAUGAGCGUGGACUGCACUGGGCAACGUAGUGACGUGCGUCGUAUCAAUACUGCACCCUGUGCUCCACAAUCUGUGGUCAGUCAGCUCUUAGACUGUCAAACAGGUGAUGUUCAAAUUAGCUGGCAGUCGAGUAAAGGGGCGCAGAUCUACUAUGCUCAAGCAAAAUCUACUGACAAGACCCUGGUGUGUAACUCCACCUCCACGUCCUGCAUCAUCCCUGCACUCGGCUGUGGGCAGACGUACAAUAUCACUGUGGUUGCAGAGGCCAACGGCUGUAGCUCCAACACCAGUGCGAUCAGUCAGGUCACGGCAGCGCCGUGUCCACCUACUUCUGUCGCUGCUGUUUUGGACUGCUCUACUAACACAGUCUUAGUGUCCUGGAGCUCCUUGGCCAUUUCCGGGGUUCAUUACACAGCAAGCGCCAUUGGCCCAUUGGGGCCCUCUAGUGGUGUGGAGUGUAACACAACAAACUUGAACUGCACUCUUGCCCACCUGCAAUGUGGCAGCCAAUACAACGUCACUGUCACUGCUACCCAAAACAACUGUACUAGCAAAUCCAGCACGGAGUACUCCUUAAUUACAGGUUAG